GUUACUCUAAAGUCUAAAUACAAAAUUACAAAAUUAAUACACCAUUAAACACUUUAUUUUUAUUAUUAUAUCAUUCUCAAUAUUUGAGAAGUCUGUUAAAUCUAAGUUUUAUGUGAUUUUGUACCAAAGAAUAAACAGUUAAAAGGGUGAGUGAAUACCCUUGGGAGAAAUGGAUCAAAUCUACAUUUAUGUGAUGCAAGUUGUACUUGCUGUCGGUGUCACAGUUGGUUCACAAACAUUUAAACAAAAUGAUAAGUACCAUUGGAUGUUCAGCAUUGUGAGAUAUGUAGUUUAUGACCUAACAAUUAAAUGUACCAAAAACUUAAGCUCAAUGGGAUAUGACAUGUUACACAAGAAAAGAUGGUUGAACACACAACUUGUAGAAAAUAUCAAUACUGGUCAAAUAAUCAUUUACAUUGGCUCAAUUGCAAUCUUAAUAAGCAAUAAUGAAAAGGUAUUUUCCGAAGACUUCCUUUUGCUGUUCAUCGCCUACUUGAUUUUGCAGUAUCCCGAAUUGGGAACCACACCCCUAUCUUCCAUAAGCUAUGGAGUAGGGAUGGCGUGUAACUUCUAUGAAGGAUACCUGAUGCACGUGAUACCUUCAGAUGGCGGUGACUUCGGUGGUUUCAUUCAAAACGUCCAAGCUUUCGAGGCUCGCGAAGGCAUCGUGGUGCCUGUCAGAAAGUUAUUUAUCAUCAUCACAAAGUCCAUGUAUAGCCCUCCAGAUCUACAACUGUUUAAUAAAGAAAAUAGACCAGACCUCUCAAAGUUGGAGUCCUGUUCGGUGAGAAUCGGUGAUUAUUCAAAGGGGCAACUUCCCUCUUUUCCGGACAUUGAUGAUGCUGUGAUGUUCCAGUCGCUGGAAGAUCGGAGUAGGGAUGUGGGAGGGAUCAGGAACCGUAGCUACAAGAAUACGGCGUACAAGAUCCACCGGCAGCGCGGCCCACCCGUCUACCUCGUGGCCGAGUGUGCUACGCCCCUGUAUACUUUGUACCGCGUCAUGGAGAACAAGGAGUUGUAUGAUGACUUGGCGAAGGUGAAUGUCCAAGAUGUUUGUGACGACUUCUGUUCCACACUGCUGCGGCUUCUAGAUAGGAGUUCCGAGUGUAGAGACCAGGUGGAACUAGUUCACUAUGAUGAUAGAGACCCGGAAGCGAACUUAGCAGACGUUAUACUCAACAGAAUACAACAGCUGGAACCAAGGUUUGAAGAGUUGAUUAGUGUUAGAAGAUAAAUAAAAUCUUUCAGACACAUCACUUAACUUGUGUAAACUGUAGUCGGACAAAGUUAGAUUAGAGAAAAACUUCAAAAGUUUGCUUGAGUUGUGAUUAAUUUUGAUUUGAUAUCAAAGUAAAUGAUUAUUAAUAUUAAAAAUUCGAAGAUCGUAUAACUUGUGAGAAACCUACAUAAAAGUACAUUAUAAUUUUGUAUUGGACCUAUGCAACUGCUUUGUAAUCUGAGCUCGUACACAAAACUGCGAUGGACGUCGCAUCCCAAAAAUGUGCAAGCUCCCUCCACGCAUCGCAAGAAGCAAUAACAGAAGUGCACACUUCUUUUUACGAUCCAUGUCACCACCAAGUUUUCAAUGUUGUCACCCUGGGAGAC